AUGUUCGCGCUCAGGAGAAAGGCGGUUCAAUCUGCCGAUCGAGUUGGAAGAGUGUCUACUCGAGUUCCGCGACGAUGGUCGUCUGCACAACAUGGAAAGACCGGUGAUGAGGUACAUCACUUCGCUGGAUCUAGUACAGAACAUGGGCAUCAUCAUGCUGGCCCAACAAACGAGUCUUUCGGAACCGGCUUCUUCCUUGUCCUCGCAGCUAUCCCUAUCUCGAUUGGAGUUUACCAAUACGCCCAACCAUCCGCCGACGGAUCUCCUUCUGGUCUCGCGAAGCUGAUCGAUAGCUAUUCACACUACAAAGAGAAAUGGGCCGCAAGAAAUGCGCUACAUGUUUCUAUGCUCGAACAAGCCGCUUUCGAUCGCAACCUUUUCCAGAGUGAUGUGGGCAGUGCACAUGUCAAUCUUAGAUUCCCUGAACAAUUUAACACAGGAUCCCCAUGGAAUGUUCCAGCAGGUCACAGAGCUAGAGAUAUGGAGAAGUUGGUAGCACAUUAUGAGAAGUUCAACAAGGAAAACGAAGAGAAGAAGCGUUGA